GACACUAGAGAUGAAAAAAUUAGAAUUACCAUUACUACAGAGGCAGAUGAUUUUUUUUAUCACCUAGAAGUAGAACCAGAACGCGUGGCCGUGCUGGUCGUAGUACUAGUGACGGGCCACUUUUUAAUUUUGGAUUUCACGAGGCGAGGUGGAGUUUCGAUUUCUAAUUGCUAGAUGAGCACGAAACCAUAAUCAACAAAUUGAAAUCUAUUGGAUUUAGAUGAUAGCCGGAAUAACUAUCUAUGCAUGAUCGUUAAAGUUUUUGCGCCGUGGAUGUUGUAUUUAGACUACUUGGUAGAUUUGAUAUUUCAAUUUUGUUUGAUGAUGAUGAUGAUGAUGAUGAUGAUGAUGAUUUGGAAUUGAUAUCGCUGGUGCAAAUAUCGCAAUCACAUUCAUUAGUAUCGAGUAUAAAUCUGAAACUGAAUUACAAAUAAUUUAUAUUUUGAGACCUGAUUCAUUCAUUGGCAGAGCUAUUAUUUCAGGCUUGCACGCUCGAGAACUUUACUUUUCCGAUAUGAAAAAUCGAAUACUAGAAGGUAGCACGACCACACUACUGAAUACUGACACAAAUAAAACGACUCAAAGUAUUUUAGAGGUAGAGCAUUAGGAAUGUAGGAUCUUAGAAGAAAGCACUGGCUCGCUAUCGCUGCAGCAUAAUCGGUGGCUUACAGAAGCAGGCGCCAUAACAGCUAUUCGGCCGUUGUCGCACCGCUUUUUAGUUCAGCAAGCAAUUAGUACUCGCGAACUAGAACAACACUGACUGACAAGAAGAAAUCGAAUCGGAAGUUACAUACAGCCCGUCGCGCUUGAUGUUCGAGCUACUAUCUCUUGACUCGGUCGUUAGUAAUUCUAAACUUCGACCUAAUGUCACCUGCUUUCGCUCUGAAUCUUAUUCUAAUAGUCCGGAUCCCUCCUUUUUCCUCGCCCCCAACGUGAAAUGACAUCUCGUUGACAUCUAUUUUUGACGCUACAUAGAUAUAGAAGAGGUGUAAAAGUCCAUCGCUUGAAUUAAAGCGAAUCGCAGAAAAUGGAUCGGACCUGCACCGCAAAUGGCCGUAAAAGUCGCACAACAGAACGUCAACAUUGCUAUCUGCCUGUUUCUACCUGGUUUUUGCAAGAAAUUGUUACGCACCCUGUGAGCAAAUGGGUGCACACCGUUUCUUCUUUUCCUUCACUGAUAUGGUUUUAUGCGGACCUGGUCCCGUCUAUAGAUAUAAGGAUGGUGCUAUGAUCGGACAAAAAAGAUUGAGAGUUUUCCACGAGGAGGACGACGUUAUCUUUCCACUGGUUGACCUACCAAUGGAACUUGAACUAGCAACUUCUUACUUCGUUCCAUGCAUAAAGAUAGCCUUUUUUUGCAUAACAGAUAUAGGGUCGUUUCGCAAUCCCAAACGUACUUUCUGUGUAUAUCUUCGAGAACUAAAAAUAAAUGUCAUUUCUGCUGGUAAUUGUACCAGCGAGGCUACAAUAUCUCAUUUUAGAUGGCGAUAGAUAUGAAAGAUGAUUUCUUUCGCCAUGGCAAUAAGCUACAUACUAAGAUUCAGGGAGUGCGCAUAGCGUGAUGUCUUGUAAUUUUUGAGUCGGCUAUAGCUCUAGGUAAAAAAAGAUACACACAGUGCAGCCCUUGUCGUUCGUAAGCACGUCAUUUGUAUUACCUUAGAAGGUCGCUCUUUUUGAGGUUGAUUUAGUCCCCUCCCUAUCAUGAUGACUGAAAUAAAAAAAUGGUUAUGUUGGAAUUGAAGAAUUGAAAAUACAAAGUAGAGUUGUACUGUGGGAUUCAUUUGAAUUUCCACGGUCUUUAACAUGGAUUCUACCAGCGAUCACGCAGCCAGCGGGUAAGAUUUUUUUGAAUGUCUUUUAUGCGCCAUCCUCUGGAGCAGGGAUAGAAGAAUAUAGGGCUACUAAAAAUCUAGUGCAUUCCUGCAGUGUUUCAUGAAAGGAUGCUGACAAGGACUUGUGAACGACGUAGAAGAUGUAACAUGCCCGUGGCGUCCUUAGCGUGCAUGAUCGGCGUUUCUCUGUGUGUUAAUUUGAGGAGCAGGCGUUCCUAU